CAGCAUGACUCACAUUGCACCGCCACUUGUCGUCUAGAUUGGUCUAUAAAUAGCCCGCGGAGCAGUAUUAGAUUCACGCAGACGGAGACUGUGAAUUCUUGCAUGCGAUGGGCGCAGUGACAAAAUAAUUUGACCUUUACAUUGAUUGGGGGAAAAAAGAAAUAGUUUUCAGUAAUAAUUCCGCGUUUUGCAGUGCAAACUCCGUCGUCGUGUCCAUUCUUGCCAUUUGUGCUGGAAGGAUGAAGCCUCGUUGCACAUUGCAUGUGGUCCAAAAUGUGAUCUUCGUCUGUAAAAGUACCUGGACGUCAGGCGCAGAGGUUAAGGUUGGGGGUUAAGGUGAGGGUUAGGUUUACAAACUAACUUUAAUCUUGCAACUUUUACGCACGGAAUUGUAUUUCAAUUCUCAGUUAUUGCAAUGUGGUAAUUUAAUGACAAUGGUCCACACACCGUUAUAAAGUAGUCCUACCGAUCUGAGGUGAACAAAAGAACCCGGGGUUUUGAGAUAUUGGCUUCGUUCAAAAUGUGCCUAAUUUGGGUCGAUGCGAAAAUUUCUCUCCAGUAAUUUUCCUUCCCCGCGCAGGCAAAGGUCUUCUUCAUACACUCAUUGACUCAUAUAGCCUACACGUCGAGGCGUAGGCUAUCUGUCAUUUUGUGCCAGUGGUCACAUGGCUUUGGCCCUCAGGAAUGGAUAGAGAUGGAUCCCCACGUCAGCUUGUAGGUCUAAGGAUUUCUGCUCCACCAGUCUGCCACAAAGUGACUGGAGCGCAGCGCCGCGGAAGAACUAUGCGGGGAUUAAUGUAGGACGUUUCCAAAGGGCAGAAUAUGGAUUUUGAUGAGCGAAUCUCUGGCUCUAAUAUGUAUUUACCGAGCUGCACUUACUACGUCUCCGGAGCGGACUUCUCGGGUCUCCCUCAUUAUUUAACCCAGAGCCAGUCUUCUUGCCCCGUGACGUACUCCUACCAGCCACCAGCCCUGCCACAGGUCCCGUCCGUGAGAGAUGUGGCUUUCAGAGACUAUGGCAUCGAUUCCUCCAGUAAAUGGCACCACGGCAGGGGGAGCCUAUCGCACUGCUACACUGAGGACUUCAUGCACAGGGACGGCUGGACGAGCCCGACCUCGCGCGGUGGUGGUGGUGGCGGAGGAGAGGUCCUGGUGAAAGGCGGCUCCGGCGUCAGCCACUCCGGCUCCUCCAACCCGGCGCCGGGCUUCUAUGGCAGCGUUGGCAGGAACGGCGUCCUGCCGCAGGCGUUCGACCAGUUCUUCGACACGGCGUACGGCGGCGCGGAGAGCAGCACAACACCCACGGCACAAGCGGCGGACGCGGACAGACACGCCGCCAAAACGAGCCCCGCUCCGGCGCACCACGGCUCGGACACGGCGGAGAGCUGCAGCCCCAAGUCGUCCCCCGACCACAGCGAGGAGAGGCAGGGCAAAGGCAGCGGUGGCCAGAGGACACGCAAGAAGAGGUGUCCGUAUUCCAAGUACCAGAUCAGGGAACUCGAGAGGGAAUUCUUCUUCAGCGUGUACAUCAACAAGGAGAAGCGCCUGCAGCUCUCGCGGAUGCUCAAUCUGACAGAUCGCCAGGUGAAAAUCUGGUUCCAGAACAGGAGGAUGAAGGAGAAGAAGCUGAGCAGAGACCGUUUACAGUACUACACCACAAACCCUCUGCUAUAAAAAAAACAGCCUGAACAAUAGACUGUCACUGGCGUGCAGCCAUGUAGACUUCACACACAUCAUCACCUGGACAAGAUGGCGAGUUUUUUUUAUGUACCAGACUUCAUUAAGAAUUCUACUAUUUACAUACUAUUUUGUCAUUAAACACCUUUGCCUCUAUUAUUAUUAUUAUUAUUAUUAUUAUUAUUAUUAUAGUUACGUGACUGCGUGUUUUGGAGUUUUUACGCAUAAACCAGAAAUGUCUGAAUUCCCCUCUAGCCUAUAAUAGGCCAUUUAAACACAUGGAGAUCAACGUACUGCAUUUGUAAUUUUGUUCCCCUUAAAAUAACACUUAAUUUCCCCAAAUAUACGCACGCACAUGUACUGUACUGCAUUUUCAAAAAAAGUAUUUUUUUCUAAAAACCUCUCCUUUAAAUUAAACUUUCACAAUUUUUAAAAUGCACGCACAUGCAACUUUUUGUGACCAUGAAAAACCUUGACAUGUUUUCCCUUCUUUCUCUUAAUCUUUUUCCCGUUCUUGUACAAGUACAACUCUGAUAACUGGACCAGUGUUCUCUGUGUUAUGGAAUUCCAAAAAAAAAAGACCCCACCUGGCAUCACUGGCGGUGACCACACUCCGCAUAGUUAGAAAGUGAGUUAAGUUAGAAUCUGAUCCCAGCUCGUUCAUUGAUUUCAUGCAUUUUCCAAGUCUUGAUAUUCAACAUCUGCUCUUGACCCUUAGUACAUAAAGCGCUCUGUGGAGCUCUCGGCCGCAAGGUUGGAUUUAAUCUCCAACUUCACUCAAAAGGGGCAAGCGGCCAAUAAAACAGAGAGCUAAAACCCGCAAGUGAAACAGAAUCCCGCAUUUUGUUUUAUAUGUCAGCACGUGGGUCGUAUCGGAUGCACGACAUGUAUCCGCCCGAUGCUAUUUAUCCCCCGAUGACUCGAAAUAUGAUCUGCCGCAGUUAUCAUUUGAUAUCCAUUGCAAAGGGAUGAUUCAUUUCUCGGGUUGAUGUUGAAGGGCUCUUUUUUUGAGCUCCCUAUUCCUUGUCAGGGCUUCCUGAAACCACCUCGACACUUGUUCAGAUUUAACGCAUCGCCUCCUUUUCAAAUAAUGCCAAUUCAUUUAUAGUGUGCGCAAAGGUUUCGUCCGAUCUAAAGAGCGUGUCCGUGAAACAUCAGCCGUGGCAUUGGAAUAAACGAGGAGAUGACAAACUCCAGAUCACCAUCUCAGUCAUCACUGUAGCUGUAUGGCCAUUUAUUUAUCGUCAUGUCUUCUCAUCAGGAGUGGUUUAAUCCCAAGAGCCUUUCGCCACUUUUACUUCUUAGUAAACAGGCUGUGAAUCGAGGCCAUGGAGAUGUUUAUUAACCUGAAAUGGAUGGCACAACGAGGCAACGCCAUACAUCGGUCGGAGGUGGCUUUAUAUGUCCACCACAAGGCCCCUGCGAACAACUUAUAUUGGCCUGCCAUAAGCUAAUAAGGGCCCUGAUGCCUUCCAUAUAGCGUGCAUCCUGUGAGGCUCCCAGGAAUUCCGCUUUGAUUGCUGCACAUCCUCCCAGUUGCUCCAGUAACUUGGCCAUAAAACGCCGAUUUCGUCUGGAGCGUUUGGAGUGCAGUGCAAUAAAGCGUCUGAGACCAAGGUUAUUAACUGUGACUAAGGGGCUGAAA